AUUUAAAUUUCUUGUUCUCAGGGUUUUCCGCCGCAGACGGAGGCCUCGCAGCUCGCUGGCUCGCCUCCUCAGCGACGUCACAGAGAGCUGCCAGUCGUGGCUGGGUGAGAGAGUCUUCAGAGGCGUUUUCGGAACUGGACAAAACCAGAACCGGGACCAGGACAGAGAGGACGAGCGUGAUCACAAUUGGGCCAUCAGCAGCCAGCAGGUCCUCACGCCGGAUGACUCCUCCUGGGUCGGGUUGAGCGCCACUGAGCUGGAAGAGAGCCGCAGCUUUACAUACGACCCGACAGAGAUCCCGUCCUGUCCUGACAAAGUGUCUCCGCCCCCGAGGCUGCUCAUCCAGGAGGAGAUUUGCUCUGAGAUCUGUCAAUCAAAGGAGCAGUUCACCCAGUCAUUGGGGGGACUGUCAGAGGUCCCGCCCACCUCUGCUUUCUACACCAGUGCCUGCUGCUGUCAGACGUCACCUGAGCACACGGGGUUAACGAUGAAGGUCUUUCUCCUCCUCAUCUUCACCGUCUUCCUCUUCUCAACUCUUUACUCGAGGUGUUUGUGGUGGAGCACGACUGUUACUUCAACCGUGUUCAUGGUGAUCACAACUUUUAUGUUCCUGACGAAGUCGGGGCCGAUGGGCGAGUGGAGGAGGGCGAAGACGGAGGACAUCACAUCCAGAAAUGAGUAAACGAAGAAACAGAAGAAAAUUUCAAACUGGAAGAGAGAAAGAGAAGAAGGUCUGAUGGAAACUCAGUCAAAAUAUUUAACCUUUCACUAAAUGUUUGCAUGUGAGUUGCACUUAAAAGACCAAGUUAUUCUGAGCUCCGGAAAACAUUUUACAGCAGCAAGUGUUUGACUGCGAAACCUCCAAUGAGCCGUUUCUGAGCGUAAAUGCUUGUGGAUCUGAAGAGCAGUGUAUCAAAAUGAAAUUAAACCUAUUUUAUAUUUAACCUUUAACUCUAAAGAAAAACGCUGGAUCUAUCAAGUCCUCCCUGAAGGUCUCUGAAUAUUAAAGUCAGGUGAACGACAGAGAGAAACGUCAAUAGAACAUGAAACUGUAAAAAAACCCUUGUGAGUGGAUGAUGACUCAUGUUCGAGCGAAGAGAAGCUUUAUCAGUUUGACCGUUUGUUUCUGAUAAAAUGCUGAAGGAGCUCUAUCAACAUGGCGACACUGUAGUUUAGAUGGAAGAUAAAUAAUAACCAUUCAAAUGUCCCUGAUGUAUUUUGAAAAGACUGUAAACGCGUCUUCUGUUGAUCGGAGUUGAACUUGGCUUGUUUGCGUCCAAAGUGACCAAACGUCGGAUGUUCAGCGUCUGAGAACAGAUUCUGCUCCAACAGCAGCAAGAGGAAAAAAGAGAGAAACUGUGAAGCUUCACAUUUAUAAAACACAGACGCACACAACGAAUGACGUUCCAGUUUAUCUACCUGGAACUUCUAUCUGCAGGAAACUGAAUUGGGUUUUAUUCAACAUAUUAUAAAUUAAAAAAAAAAUAAUGAAACAAAUCACGUGUGUCUUUAAAAAAAGUUCCACAUUGAAAUGUGUAAUUUAAAGCGACACUGUGUAACUGUAACUGAUCAACAGCGCCCCCUGCAGCCACACAUGGUGAUUAGUUAGUGACCAUUCUCCAUAUUCACACUUACCAUCAGACUCACUUUAAUCAAACUGACGGUUUAGGGUGAAACCAAGUGAAGCAGUGAAUAGAGGAGGACCGAGGGCAGAGCCUUGUGGAACACCUUUUCUAAACGUCAAAGCACCUGAUCUUUAAGUCACUGCUUGUUUGUUUCAGGUAUGUGGGUUAGGGACCGUUCUCCGUAUUCACAGUCACCGAACCAUCAAACUCACUUUAAUCAAGCUGCUGCUUUAAGGUUAAAAAAGUUUAAAGUUGAAUUGUGUCGCUUUAAAACUUCAUCAGGUCGGAUUUUAGUGUGAAAGCGAAAAAUCCGAUUUAAGUUUUGACAAAAAGACUUUUAUAGUUUUACUGGUGCAAACCGAAGCAUAAAAACUCCAGUUAGUCUACCUCACUGAAUUCACACUGACAGUUCAAGCUGAUCAGGUGUUUAAAACAAAGUCAGAGCCUCACCCUGACUUCAGUCAUUAGGGGGGGGGGGGGGGGGGGGGGUAAACUCCAUUUAGUGUGAUCUGUUCAAUGGUCGUGUUUUAAUCAGGUGGGUUUGUAGUUAAACUCUUCGGUGGUAAAGUGCCUUAAGUGCAGAGACACAGAAUAAUACAGGGACGUUAUUUCAGAUGGAACACUGAACAGACCUGCUCAUAGGUUGAGUGGUGUUUGAUUUAACCUGCGAUCUGUCCAUCAAACCCUCUGAUACAAUCACUUCCAUGUUUCUAACCCUGUCUUCUCUCGGAGGCUGCACACGUUAGUUUUAAAAUGCAUCACUGUUACUAUGGUUCAUCAGGUGGAGUUUUCCAGCCUGACUCUUGUGUAAACGCUGCUGAUCUGGUUUCAGUUUGAAACUCUGGUUUGUGUUUUAGUCUGAACACAAACUGAGACUUUAGUGAACGGUGACGCCCACGUUCUCUUGUGAUUGGUUCUCAUCGGUCACAUGACUCACCUACCAGCAGUGAACACAAAGCGUCGCUAACACUUCCUGUCAGGAACAGUUCCACCUCGUCGUCGCUCAGAGAAAAGAAAUCUCUGCUCGGACUUUUCACCAUCACUGUUUUCUGUAGCUAAGCAACCACUGCAGAGGAGACACUCUACUUCCUGUUUCUAUGACCAGUGCACAUGAAUAGUCAUGUGACGUGUUUUCAGGAGUUAAUGUGGACAGAGGUGGUUUUGGUUUUAAAAAAAUUCAACGCUUCAGUGUGGAUGUAACUGGAGACGUUGAACUUCCUCAGCUUUUGAAAGUGUCAGGAACACGAGGGCGGUUUUAUGAGCAGCUUGCUUUUAGAAAAUACUGUGAACACAACAGUGUUGAACUCCACCCGGCUGGCAUCACAGGCAGGACACAUAAAAACAUCCGCAAUUAUUUGAGUCCAGUAGAAAUCAGGUCAGUGUGAAGGUUCGCUCUUCUUCAGACUGUGAUGCAGGGAUUUCAGACGAAGCAAUAAUUACAGAGAACAAACGAUCCAGUGAGCUGAGAUGUAAAACCUCAGCUGUGAACGAGAAACAAUCAGGGAUUCGACCUUUGUUGGAAUCAUCCUGUCUCGAUACGAUGAUACAGAAUAUUAUAGUGUUGAAGUGAAGCUGGGACCAAACCAAUGUAAAGAAAAACUUCUGGAACUUUGCAGAGACGUUCAGUGAACCUGAACCUUCUGGACUCAACUUUAAAGGGUUUCAGGUAUUUUUGGGGAACAAACUCUGACCUGACGAGUUGCAGAUUGUCUGAAUAGAUCAAACCGAGCUUCUCAAUGAAUUUGAUCGGCACAAAUUUUCUGCUUCAUUUUUUAAUUGUACCAAACAACGUUGGUGCGACCGGGCCUUCAAAACUCAAAGUGAGUUCUGCAUCGUCUGAUGUGUUUUUGUGUAUUUAUUCACUAAAAGUGCCAAAUGGGUUGAAAUCAGACACUUCAGCAAAUGUUACAUCACCAAUAUUUAUGAUUAAAAAUCUAUAUAACCAAUAUUUUUACUACUGCUCUGCAUGAAUUUUUCUAACUUUGCAUUAAAAGCUGCAAAUGUUUUUAUAGGAAUGAUGGAUCAGCUCCACUGAACCCUUUAGCCUCUGUUAGCUCCUGGUUUUAGAGCCGGAGCGAACACCGGGCAUGAAUUCACGUUCUGUCGCUGCCUGAAGUGACAAACAUGCAACAGUUUCCUGUUGUUUCUUUCUCCUGCUGCCCCCUGGUGGUCAACAGUAAAUUCAUUCAGCUUUAAAUAAUCACAGUUGAAUGUUUUGUUUUUUUUAUUCAACAUACAAAUAUUUAAUUUACUGCAAAAGACGACAAGAAAUUCCAGAAAUUUCCUGAAAGACAUUUAAUAUGAAUUUAGAUCUGAUUCCUGUUACUGUACAUGGUGUUGAUGAUGUUGUACACGUUUUGUUUGAAAUGUGAUUCUCUUGUGAACGCACUUAUUAUAACCGUUCAUUUUAACUCCCCUGUUCUGUAUCCAUGUAAAGUCUCUCACAGUUAAAACAGCUGCUCUGAAAACUGUAAAUCUAAAUCUCAUAUGAAACACCAACUAGAUUUUCAUUUGAAACAAUUCUGAUGUCAGAAAUGAAAAAUGUUCACGGAUGAAUCCGAUGUAUUUGCUUCUGAAAUAACUGCAGUGUUGAUCGCUGUGUUUCAACCAGUAAAUUGUCUAAAUGAACAAACAGCAGUUUAGAUGAUGCGUAGUUUCUCUUUUGGCCUUUUGAUGGCGCUGUGUUAGAAGAUUUAACAUUUACAGUACUUGGUGCAUUGUUUUGUUUGAUCUAAGUUCAAGUCAGAGUUUAUCGUGUAUUAAAACCUUGUUAAAAAGGAA